AUGACUGAACAAAACUCUGGUAAUUCAACUGUGGAAGAACUUGAAAGAUAUUUCGAAGAAGAAGAAUCUGCUGCUGCUGCUGCUGCUGCUCAUAUCUUACAAAUACAACAAGAGGAAACUCCACUAGAUAAUAUCAAUGAAAGUUUAUCGACAAUUACAACAAUGACACCUAAUCCUUUGGACAUAGCAUUUGUCAAUGAGACUUCUGACAGUGAACAAAGUCAAAAUGGUGUAUUUCAACAACAAAGUCAAACCACUCGUGUAGUAUCAUCGCUUGUCGAUGGUUUGAUCGAUACAAUCUCAACUAAACGAGAACCUACAAUGAUAUCAAUAGGUACAAUGGCUAAAACACCAAUAAAGAUGAAAUCAACAGGUACAUUGCCAAUAACACCAAAAGCAACAAAAUCAACUGGUACAAUGCCAAAAACACCGAUAGCCACAAAAUCGACAGGUACAGUACCUAAAACACCGACAGCAACAAAAUCAAUAGGUACGAUGCCAAAAACCCCAACAACUGGAUCAACAUGA